AGCCUGCAGGCAACAGCUCGACCCUUUCAGACAGCCAGUGUGGGGGAGAACGUUGCUGCCGUACUCCUCCCAUCCUGCCCUCCUCUCCCUUUCCUCUGGCUCUGAUCUACAACACCGCUGGGAUGUCUUCUUCUCCAGGAUCCAUGGACGGCAGCCAGAGGAAUAGCUCGGAUAAGGUGCCACCCCAGGUGAACGAGGCGGAGCCUGCCCAGGUUAAGUUAAAGGAGGUGGAUCCUCCCCAGGUGAAGCCAAAGGAGGUGGAGUCUAGCCAGUUUAAGCUGAAGGAGGUGGAGCCUGCCCUGGUGAAUCUGAAGGAGAGGCAGAAGUUCUUUGAAGAGGCAUUCCAGCAAGACAUGGACCAGUACCAGUCCACCGGCUACCUGCAGAUCAGUGAGAGGAGAGGGCCAAUAGGCAGCUUUUCAUCCAUGGAGGUGAACGUAGACAUGCUGGAGCAGAUGGACCUGACGGACAUGUCCGACCAUGAGAGCCUUGACGUCUUCCUCCACUCUGGGGGAGAGGACAACAGCGUUGCCUCGCCCAUGCUGGGUCCAGACGUGGAGUCGUUAACCACAGAGAUCACACUGCAGGUUCCCACCCAGGCUGAGCUAAGACACACACUCUCCUCCCUUUCAUCCACUGACAGGCAGGACACCAAGGCCAGGGAGGAUGAAGGGGGUAGGGAGGACCACAUCUACUGUACUGCCGGGGUGCAAUCAUACGAAACAGAGGUUCCCCCCAACAUAGGCCUAGCAGGGAGGCCACUGCUCCAGCCACCCAGAAACCAGACACUUAAACACUGAGGACAGCAGCUCACAGGCCACGUAAGGGCCAGGGUAGAAGCGAAGACACUGAAUGGCCCAAAACCCUGCGAGGACUGGUUACGAUGCAUGGAAGAAGAGAUGCAUCAUUUAUGUUCACUGUAUUUUCAUCCGUUUUGUAAAUAACUAAUUCCAUGUUGAACAUUGUGGUUACAGUAUUAUUCCCCCCACAUCUCUUGACUUGGUAAUAAACAUUUCACCCCCUUGUACUGCCAUUUCUCAUACUGAUCCCUUAGUGCCAUUUCAGAAUGAAAUGAAACUGGAAUAGAACGACAAUGUUCCAUAGUCCCGCUCCACUAGUCUGUUGAUUUAUAACCCAGCCUGAACCUUUUGAACACAGGGACAGCUGACCGGCGCCACCGCAGACGAGCGCUACGUACAUUCACGGUUUCUUUUCAUUACUAGAGGCCAUUGCACACACCUGAAUAUGUUUUCAGAACAUGAUUAUAUUAUACAGCUGCUUGAAGCGCCAGCACUGCCUGCUAAUGGCUCACAGGUGUGGGUGAUUGGCAGGUUAUUGCAGAGUGAGAGGUGGACUAAGUAUCCUCUCGGUCUGGUUGAGUCUUAACAGUGUUGGUUUGACACCUUUUUGUUAUUACACCUUUUAGAUAUUUCCAUUUUUGCUAUCACCAUUUGAACUUAAAUGGGUCUGGUAGGGCUGGCCGUCUAGAGUGUCAGGACAGAACUCGCCCUGGACCCUGGUAAGUACACUGUUUCCUGGGUACAUUAAAGACAUCUGUCCGCUUACCCUUGUUUGACACUGAAUGCAGACACUUGUAUCAGGCUUGGACCCCUAGACAUGGAGUAUACUUAUUUGUAGAAUGGCUAACUAGUUUCAUAAUAUGACAGCUUCAGAACACCACAACGACAGACACGCAGGUUCAAAAGAAAAGACAGUGAAUUGUCUGUACGUUUUUAUUAAACCUUUAGUACAAACUGCAAAAGUAAAAAACUGGCAAUAUAACCAACAUGAACUCUUUCCAAGUGGAAGGAAAGAUGGAGACGCAGUGCUAAUAAAUUAACUUGCCAGACCGUGAGCAAUAGUUUAUACUGUAGAAAAAGAAAAUUGCAAAGAAAUCUGAAUAAAAUACAUUGUAAGGCCAUAAAAACUUAACCACUUUUGUUGAAAACGACCGACUUGGUUUUCAUUAAAUAUUCCUAAAACAGUUCAGUCUUCUGUAAAGGACAACAACCACCAACAAACUGGAUAAUAGAAUCACCUUGUCAGCCACCACUGGCAAGCUCAGUGCAACAUGAGGAGCUACUACAUUGUUGAAUUUUCAGUACAUUUGUGUGAACAUAUGUUCCCUUUUCUUUAAAAAAGUAAAGCUAAAAGGAAAAAAAAAUGUUUAAAAAAACUAGGGGGCCAUAGCUACUCCAUAUCUUUGUCUUAGUGAUGUAAGCAGCACUUAAAAUGUAUACACGUAACCAGAGCAACCCUGUAAGCAUCAAACUCACACAGAUGAAGAAACUGAAACGUAAGGCUUUUCUUCAUCAAGCACUUCCUCCCUUGCUUCCUGUAAUACCUUUAAAAUGGUAUCAUUUUCCUUCCUUCACCCCAGAAAAGGCUUGAGUAUUUAAAGACAUUUACAGGAUUAUGUACAAAAAUGUAUGUUGUGUUGGACCUUCUGCUAAAAUAAUUCAUAAUACAUCUGAAAAAAAGGGAAAAACCUCAAAUACACACCCCAAAACAACAAAAAUGUGGAUUUCCAUAUUUCACAUUUCACACCCUUUGACUAGUGACUCUACUCGCACAUUAGAACAAAAACACAAUCAAAAUAGAAAAUAAUAAAAUUAUUAAUGUUAACUGAUACAGAUGAAACAGUAGGACUGGAAGAAUGGAAUGUUAACAUGAUUGCACAUCGAGAAGAGGAGAGCCGAGAACCCUAACCCUAUGGGAGAGGAGAGCCUAGAACCCUAACCCUAUGGGAGAGGAGAGCCUAGAGGCUACCGCCCUGUGGGAGAAGGGGCUAGCAGUUAGCCAGCACCCCACCUUUCUUUUGUAUUGUUAUACAGUAAUAACCAACAGCACCAAAAACAAUGGAUCUCUUUGUUGAGUAUCAGGCACAGUUUUCACUUGCUAGCGAAGGAGGCCUCCCUCCUACUACAGAGACAGAGACCAGCGGCACCGAGGUCUGUAUUUCUGACAUACAGCCAUGGCACCGUGGUCCGUUUGACAUACAGCCACGGCAACCCAGGCUGUGUUUCUGACAUACAGCCAUGGCACCACUAGUUCCACAAGUAACAAAGAAAAAGGAAACAACGAUGACAAAAUAAACACAGAAGACUUCCUCAAAAUCUAAAAAUCAAAGCUAAAAUCCCAAAUAAAACAAGCCAGCCAAAACACAUCUGCCUUUCAAGUUCUACCUGGCGUGGGUUAGGGAGCAACAGGCCCUAAACAACAGGAGCUUCUGCAGGCAGAGGAGAAUAAAAAUAACUCAUCUUCAAAAACUAAAGAAGAGAGAACUUUGGGUUCUACUUGUGUCAUUUCAAUAAAAUGAAAAAAGGAGCACCUUCUCCACUCAUCCCUUUGUUCACAGUUGAGUGACAGAUGGCGAUGGGUCUGACUGCACACAUUCGGGGGGGGCAGUGAAAGGGGCACAACAUUUACCUGUGAACGUUUCAAUUAAUGCUAACACACCACCCCCCCCAGAAAAAAAAUCAA